AUGGACGCCUCCAAAGAUGGUGUUCUGGAAGAACUGGGGAGCCUCCAGGCCUAUCAGCGCAUGUCCCGUCCCCUGUCCUCCAGACCUCAACCUAAGUGUAUAAGCGCAUGUCCCGUCCCCUGUCCUCCAGACCUCAACCUAAGUUUACAAGCCCUGCGGAAAGAAAAGUCCAGGGACGCUGCCCGCUCCCGGCGUGGAAAAGAGAACUUUGAGUUUUACGAGCUUGCCAAACUGCUUCCUCUGCCUGCAGCCAUCACAAGCCAGCUAGACAAGGCAUCCAUCAUCCGCCUGACCAUCAGCUACCUAAAGAUGAGAGACUUUGCCAACCAAGGAGACCCACCAUGGAAUCUACGUAUGGAAGGACCACCUCCCAACACUUCUGUCAAAGUUAUAGGAUCACAGAGGAGGAGGAGUCCCAGCUCUAUGAUCAUGGACAUCUUUGAAUCUCAUCUAGGAAGUCAUAUCUUACAGUCUCUGGACGGCUUUGUAUUUGCACUAAAUCAAGAAGGAAAGUUUUUGUACAUUUCGGAGACUGUGUCCAUCUACCUUGGCUUGUCUCAGGUGGAGCUGACUGGAAGCAGCAUGUUUGAUUAUGUUCACCCAGGAGACCACGUAGAGACGGCUGAGCAACUUGGCAUGAAGCUUCCUCCAGGCCGUGGACUUCUCUCGCAGAGUGCCAAUGAUGAUGGUGCCAGUUCAGCAUCUUCAUCCUCACAGUCAGAGACUCCAGAACCAGUGGAGUCCUCCAGCCCUGGAAUUCUCCCUCAGGACAACUCUUUCGAAAGGUCUUUCUUCAUUCGGAUGAAAUCUACACUGACUAAGAGAGGCGUGCAUAUAAAAUCCUCGGGGUACAAGGUGAUUCAUGUAACUGGACGUCUGCGUCUCCGUGUGUCUUUGUCUCAUGGGCGUACUGGGCCAGGACAGGUGAUGGGUUUAGUAGUUGUGGCUCAUGCUCUCCCUCCCCCAACCAUCAAUGAAGUCCGCAUUGACUGCCACAUGUUUGUAACACGUGUCAACAUGGACCUCAAUAUUAUAUACUGUGAAAAUAGAAUCAGUGAUUACAUGGACCUCAAUGCUGUGGAUCUGAUGGGUAAAAGAUGCUAUCACUUCAUCCAUGCUGAAGAUGUGGAAGGCAUCAGGCACAGCCACCUGGACUUGUUGAACAAGGGCCAGUGCGUGACCAAGUAUUAUCGGUGGAUGCAGAAGAACGGUGGCUACAUUUGGGUCCAGUCCUGUGCCACCAUUGCAAUCAAUGCCAAGAAUGCCAAUGAGAGGAACAUCAUCUGGGUCAACUAUAUACUCAGUUUACAAGAAUACAAGGACGUUCCGAUGGAUAUUGCUCAGCUGCCGCAUUUGCCUGAAAAGACAUCAGAAUCCUCUGAGACAUCUGACUCGGAUUCAGACUCCAAGGAUAAUUCAGAGGAUAAUGAUAAUCCGAAGUCAGAUGGAAAAGGGAACCUUUCUGAGCAGAGUGAAGACCAAGAACCUAAUCAAAAGCAGCCAGGACCCCACUCUGACCCAGACAUGAACUGUGAUGAAGAAGCUAACAGCUCAAGUGAUGCUUGCAGUGAAGAAAGUGAAGAAAGCGAAGACUGUGAAGUGAGGAAAACAGAAGAGGAGAUGGAACAAGGGGGGUUGGGUGCAUUAGGGGCUAUUGGCGCUCUUGGACCAUUAGGCCCUAUGCACAUUAAAGUAGAACGUUACACAGAGAGUGAAACAGACAUGCGCGGACCUGAAUCUUUGAGCUCUGAUAGUGCCAAAGACUCUCAGAGUGGGGAAGAGGAGGAGGAGGAGGAAGAAGACACAGGUGUACGUGUUACUGGUGUUUUAAGCAGACAUCAGCGAAGGAAAAGGAGAAGGAGAAAGGGUUUGGGACCGUGUGGAGGACGUAGGAGACGCCUUUCUGGAGGAUCCAGUCCCAGUGGGCUAGAAACUGCAUUGGGGGAUCCCCCUAGAUUGCUCCCAUCCACCCCUCCCCCAACUGGAAACUGUUCUUCAUCUGUGCUAAAGAUCAAGACAGAAAUGUCAGAGCCUAUCAACUUUGAUAAUGACAGCAGUAUUUGGAACUUUCCACCUAAUCGAGAGAUCUCACGAAAUGAAUCCCCUUAUAGUAUGACCAAGCCUCCAACAGGGGGUGAGCAUUUCUCCCCUUCCCCAUCUUCCUCUGCUGCUGCCCCUCCAGCCCUCCAUGUUUCCAUACCAGACUCUGUUCUCACACCCCCAGGUGGGGCUGAGGGAGCUGGACGCAGCAAAGCGCAAUACUCUGGAUCCUCAGGGGGCUUAGGCCCUGUCAACUCUGACCCUCUAUCACCUCCACUGUCUGCCUCCCCUCGUGAAAAACCCCCUCAAACAGGUGGCCCAUCAAGCUCCCUUCUGUACGCAAGUGAGCUGGAAGCGCUUCAGAGGCUUCAGGCCGGCAACGUGGUCCUUCCCCUUGUGCAUCGUGUGGCAGGAACCCUUGCAGCCACAGGAAGCAGUGGACAGAGGGUGUACACUACAGGCACCAUUCGCUAUGCCCCAGCUGAGGUGACUCUGGCCAUGCAAGGCAACCUGUUGCCCAAUCCUCAUCCUGUGAACUUUGUUGAUGUAAAUGGUCCAAGUUUUGGUUUGGACCCCAAGACCCCAAUGGAGAUGCUGUACCAUCAUGUACACCGACUUAACAUGUCUGGCCCAUUUGGAGGAGCGGUGUCAGGUGCUGGUCUUACCCAGGUGCCUGCUGCCAGUGUCUUCACUACAGCUGAGGGGAUAUUCUCCUCCCUCCCUUUUCCUGUGUACAGCAAUGGCAUUCAUGCAGCACAGACUCUAGAACGUAAAGAGGACUGAAAAACAAAGGAGAGAAGUGAAUGAAAAGUAGAGAGAAUGAGGAGGAGAAAAAUGAACAGACUGCAGAGAGCAGGGAAAGACAUUAAUAAAUGAUGCAGAAUGUAGGUGGCUAUGUACUGAUCUUAAGGGCAGCUAAGCCUGGCCACCCAAUGUCUCCUCCACUGCUUCCUAACCCAAGGCCACAAUAGGGGGUAGUCCUCAUGAGUUAUACUUGUGAAUACCUUUUCCCAAAGCAUUCUGGGACCAGUAGCCCCGUCUUCCGCACCUCAUACUUAUAGCAGGGCUGCACAAAAUCUUUUCUCCAUCCUUCCCUUUUGUGGCUUUGGCUUAUUUGGCAGAUGCCUCUCCUGGGGACCGCUCGCACUGUGCCCGUUUUGCCGUCACUUAGAGUUGGGGGCAACGGCUGCGUUCUGAUCCUUUACAACCUAAAGUAUUCCAGCACUUUGACUCACACCUAGAUUCCCCCAUUUUUGACCCCAGAACUUUGUACGGUCUUAUUUUUACUCCUCACCCAGUCACUGCCAAAAUACUGAAACAUGGCAUUUUGUGUAGUACUUUUUUUUUUUUUCAUUCUUUUGGGGCC